GGUGUUUUUGAUUUUCGCUUGGCUGUCAUUAAUGUCAUCUGCUGGCAUAAAAAAAACUUCGUGUCGUUUUGCUGGAUUUUCUGUGGUGCUGCCGGUGUACACAUAGAUUAAUUUUCAUUAGACUAUAACCAUGAUCGAAUCGCUGUAUAGUGUUCCAUUUUUAUUGUUUGAGGUGCCGAACUUAAAACUAAAACGGCCUUCCUGGUUUCAGCAGCCUUCGGCAAUGACAGUGUUCUCAUUUGUUCUGCUGUCAUAUUUUCUUGUUACUGGAGGAAUCAUAUACGACGUGAUAGUAGAACCUCCUAGUGUCGGUUCUACCACCGAUGAACACGGUCACUCCCGGCCGGUCGCUUUCAUGCCCUAUCGAGUCAAUGGCCAGUAUAUCAUGGAAGGACUUGCAAGCAGCUUUUUGUUCACGAUUGGUGGACUGGGCUUCAUUAUAAUGGACCAAACCCACAGCCCCGGCAAGCCAAAACUGAAUAAAAUUUUACUUAUUGCGAUGGGAUUCAUUUUCAUCUUAGUGUCAUUUUUUACCACUUGGAUUUUUAUGAGAAUGAAAUUACCCGGCUAUCUGCAACCGUAAAUGAAACACGUCGAUUAUAAGCCGCUAGCAUUUAUUUGUAAAUCACAAUCAACAGAAAAAAAGAUAGCAAUAAAAAGAUCUAAACGAAAA